AUGAGCCCCCCGAAUUCAGCCUUCUUUAAAAACACCACGGUUGACAAUAUUGUGAAACCUGACUUUUUUUUCAUCACUGGUUUUGCUGGUAUUCCCCACACAAAAUACUAUUAUGUCUUCUUGUGUUUCGUUUAUGCUCUGACUCUACUGGGAAACACUUUUAUCAUGUUUGUGAUUUACACUGACCAGUGUCUUCACAGUCCAAAAUAUAUAGCAGUUUUUAAUUUGGCUGUAGCCGAUUUAUGUGAAAGCACUGCAUUCAUUCCUCAGUUGAUUGACACCUUCCUGUUUAAAUCACACUUAAUCUCCUUUGAGGCCUGCUUGACAAAUAUGUUUUUUGUUUUUUGGUUUCUCCAUAUGCAGUCUUUCACUCUAACUCUUCUGUCCUAUGAUCGAUGUGUUGCAAUAUGCUUUCCACUGAGAUACAAUGAGAUUGUGACUAAGAAAUCAAUGUUGGUCAUCACAGUCAUAUUAUGGAUUAUUGGAGCACUGGGCAUUCUUUUAGCUCUGAUUUUUUUCACCAGACUGUCAUUCUGCAAGUCCAAUGUGAUACACAGUUAUUUCUGUGAUCCCGGACCCUUGCCACAUUUAGCGUGCAAUGAUAACAGUAUAAGUAUUCUGAUUAAUUGGAUAAAUCCUGUUAUAAUUCUUUGGAUUCCAGUACUUUUUAUCAUCGGCACAUACACCUGUAUAGCCAGAGCAUUAUUGAAAAUCGCAACAGCCUCUGACCGUUUCAAAGCCAUGAAAACCUGCAGCUCUCAUUUGAUCUUGGUGAGUGUGUUUUAUCUUCCUUUGUGCUUCUCCUUUGCACUGUUCUCAAUCACUCACCCAAACGCCAGGAUCAUUAACAUGUCUCUGGCGACUGCCCUGCCACCUAUGCUGAAUCCAAUCAUCUACUCACUGAUGACAGAAGAAUUCAGAGAAUCCAUUAAAAAGCUGUACAGACGAAAUAAGAUACACAUUACUAGGCAGAGGGAAAUUUUCAGCAAGUGUGUAGAGAACCCCCAGGACAUCAUGCCCUGA